AUGCCUCGCCUUUGUGCCUUUGGAUGUAGACAACUUUCUGGUAUGCUUGAAAGCUCUAACAAUGAUACCGAAGCUGGCCAUAAUCCUGAACAAGCUUCACUACUGCAACUGCCUCAGACAGGUAUGCUUGAAAGCUCUAACAAUGAUACCGAAGCUGGCCAUAAUCCUGAACAAGCUUCACUACUGCAACUGCCUCAGACAGGUAUGCUUGAAAGCUCUAACAAUGAUACCGAAGCUGGCCAUAAUCCUGAACAAGCUUCACUACUGCAACUGCCUCAGACAGUAAAAGGACCUACACUGCAGCAAGUAUGGUGUGAACACAAUUAUAGUGCUGCUAGCAAUUAUAGACGUCAUUCUAUAAAUCGUAAGUUAUCCAGUUCUUUGUAG